GGUCAUACUAAUAAUUAUCACCAUUCCGGAAACCUGUUCGACCGCCACCGCCGCCGCCGCCUUCGGAUAAUAAUAAUGAUGAUUGAUUGUCAAUAAAUAAUUGACACCAGUUGGCUGGUUAAGCUUCUGCUCUGCGUUUUCUUCCGUGUUUAUAUGGUUUUCCUGAGCCGGAAAAACAGAUUUACAUCUCAGGAGAUCAACUACACGAUAAAUCCGUACACGAUUAGCAUGCGUGGUGGCCAAUAAACAAUAAUGGCUUUUCUGUGUCCCGUGAGAAUACGCCGAGGCAAGAAGAAAAAAAGUGGCUCUACUAGUGACUUGGACAAAGAGGUGUUACGAGGAACCAAUGCUAAUGGACCGGUUCCCGGCAUGGGACGUAUUACUGGUAGUGCAUCCAUAGAAACACUAGUACGUGUCGGGAUCGAGAAAGAAAAUGGUUUGUCGCCUGAUAGCAAAAUGGUUGUACUUCACGAUUUUACACCUUGUGUAGAUGAUGAGCUGACUGUGAAACGAGGCCAGGUGGUUAACAUUCUAUACCGAGAGAAUGACUGGGUAUAUGUAAUUGCUGAAGACAGUCGUCAAGAAGGAUUUAUACCUCAUUCGUACUGUACACCUUAUAAUUCACAACUUGGUGAAAUAGCUUUAAAUAAUGUCAAAAAGAAAUUACCACGUGCGCCAGCUGCUACGCCAACUGAAACUGUUAUUGAAGUUGAAAUCAAUGAGCAACAAAAACAUGGCAAUUGUGGUGAUUUAUCUGAUUGUGAAAGUUUUGGAAAUAAAACUCAAGAUCAUAAAAAUCAAAAUAAACAGAAUAUUAGUAGCUCUAGAGCAUCUUUAUUAAGUGCAUCUUCACAUCCUGAGAUUCGACCAUUUUUUAAAGAUCCUGCAGGGCGUUACAUUGUGUUAUACACUUUCAUAGCAAGAGAUGAAAAUGAUGUAAGUGUCGAGAGAGGUGAAUUUGUGACUGUAUUAAACAGAGAAGACCCUGAUUGGUAUUGGAUUAUUCGCAGUGAUGGACAGGAAGGUUUUGUUCCUAGUGGGUUUGUAUAUCCAGCUGAUAUAAUACAAGGGCAUAUAAAUCAAAUGAAUAAUAAUCAAUGUGCUGGUACUACUAAUACGGGACUACCUCCGGUUACACGAGCACGGCCUCGUAAAAACUCUUGCGUGGCUGAUGAUGAUCCAGCAAUUCAUGGUACUGAAAUGGUAAUGCUUUAUGAUUAUAAGCCUCAAGCCCCAGAUGAUUUGUCAGUUAAGCGUGGUGAAUGGAUAUAUGCAGAUCUUGACAAUCAAAUGGUUGAAGGGUGGUUAUGGACCUAUGCUCCCAAAACAAGAAAAUAUGGUUUCAUACCUAAAGCAUAUGCUCAUCCACCUGCUAUGACCAGUUUGUAAAUAUAUUACAGCUGAUAUUGUUGGAUAAUUUCUGUAUAAAAGUACUAUUUUAAGUAUCAAAUAAGAGCCCAAUAAUAUUAUGUAAGCUGAUCAUAACUCCUUUAUUUCUGUUUACUAUUCUUCUUAUACCUUCGAUGAUCUUUCAAAACUAAUAACUGUGAUAUUUUGUAGGAUAAUGGGAUUGGUAAUGAUAAAUAUUUAGACAAAUUAAUAUAGUUUUAUAAUAAUAAUAGAAUACUUAAAUUUUUAUAAUAGUAACAUUAUAAAGUAUGAAUCUGAUUUGUUUUAUUGAUAUGAAUAAUAAAAAUAAGACUUAAAGUUAAAUCCUUAAAAAGGUUAUGUAUAAAACUAAAAUUAUUUAAAAUAUUGUUAAUCUUAUCUUAAUGAGUAACUUAAACUUUAAAUUACCCUUGUAAAUGACACUUGAAUAAUAUGCUCUAACUUUGACUUAUAUAAUAAGUAGAUUAAGGGAAAUGGUUAAUAAGCAAUAUCCACAAAACUUCACUUCCCUUUAUUUAAAAUCAUUUGUGAUUAAAAAUUAUAUAAUGUAAUGGUAGUUGAAGUUAAACGAUGAAAUAUAUCAAUAAAAAAGGUCAGAAUACAGAAACCUUCUAUAUUCUUUCCUAAUUGCGGUGUAAAAGAUUUUUUGAAGACUUAUUAUUUAGGUUAUCAAAAGUUAUCUCGACAAGAUUUGAGUUAUCAGAAUUUUACUAUCUAAAAAUACAUAAGAGACUUAAAUGUCUUAAAAAACUAAAACAAAAGUUGUAUUUGUAUGUUUUUCAUUUUUUAUAGUCUAUGUGCUAGUUUUAUUAAUUGAAAAUUCUUAGCUGAAUUUAAAAUGUUUAAUAAUACUAUAAAGUUUUUACUUCUAUUAUAUUUUUAAUUUCAACAUUUCUAUUAGAGAAAUUAUUAUUCAAAUAAGAUGGUGCAUACUUAUUACAUUAUUUUUGUAAUAAUAAUGCACUUUAAAUGAAAAAAAUUAUAAUUUUGUAGAAUCAAAAAUAAUAUUUUACUAACUAAGUUGUAUAAAAAAAAUACUUAAUAAUUUUUAAUGUGAUAUUUUAUUGUUAAAUCAAAAUUAUAGAAAGUAAUAACAAUACAUUUAUUUAUUAUAUUUUUGUGCAACAAGAUCUUAAAUAACUAUAUAUCACUUGAUAUUUUUUCACUUUGUUAACAAAAUAAUUAUGUAUAUUUUUAGUUUGAAUAUAGGUUUUCUAAUGAUUACAACCGUUUUUGUAUGAAGUCAAUGUUGGAAACAUUUAUUGUAUUAUGCCAUUCAAUAGGAUUAAUAGUUAUAAGCUUUUUAUGUUAUAUAUUAUAAAAAACUAAGUAUUAUAAUAUGUAUAACCAAUUUUGUAUUACUUCAUUGCUUAAUUUGUAUCAAUUAUCUGGUUAAAAGUAUUUUUAACUGUUUUUAAUGUAUAAAUAAAUAAAUGUAUCUGUGAUGAUUUAUAGUCCACAACAAUCGAUUUUAUAAGACAAAAAAUAGUGGUUAAUAUGUUCAAAUCCGUCCAUUUUGAUAUUGUGCCAUACUGCCAUUGUACUUUAAUAGUUUAUUAAGACUGUAUUGCUCUAAAUCACUUUUAUAUUAUAUUAUAUUUUGAUACACAUUAAAUGUAUACAAUAAAUAUUAUUGACAUUAA